CCGGAAGUUAUUGGGAUUUCUUUCGCGAUCCGGAGAUGGACGCUGAAGAGAGAGACGGGAAUCGUCGUUGUCGUAACGAUUGGGAAUGAUAUUGCUGUAACAUGGGAUCCAAUCAGAACUAUUGUAGCACGAGGCACUGAAUCUGUGCUCCUGUCUCUGUGGCAGACACUUUGGAUUCCAGACUGAUGGCGUCGGGUACAGCUAGCCGCUCUGAAGACGAAGAGUCUCUAGCAGGACAAAAAAGGAGCUCAUCGCAAGUAUCGGGUGCCAUUCCAAAACGACGUAGUUCAUCCAGGUUCAUCAAGCGGAAGAAGUUUGAUGAUGAGCUGGUAGAAAGCAGCCUUGCCAAAUCAUCCAGCCGGGCCAAAGGCCCUAGUGGGGUAGAGCCUGGACGCUGCUCUGGCAGUGAGCCGUCUUCUAGUGAAAAGAAGAAGGUGUCCAAGUCCAUCUCAGCCCCCGUUACUCCGAGCCCUGCUCCAAAUCCCAGCCUCACCAAGCGGAUGAAGAAGAGCAAGCAGCCCUUGCAGGUCACCAAGGAUUUGGGCCGCUGGAAACCCACCGAUGAUCUGUUGCUGAUCAAUGCUGUGCUUCAGACCAAUGAUCUGACUUCUGUGCACCUGGGAGUGAAGUUCAGCUGUCGCUUUAAUCUGCGGGAAAUCCAGGAGCGGUGGUAUGCUCUCCUCUAUGACCCUGUGAUUUCCAAGCUGUCUUGCCAAGCAAUGAGGCAGCUGCAUCCUGAAGCCAUUGCAUCUAUGCAGAGCAAAGUGCUAUUCAGCAAAGCAGAGGAACAGCUGCUAAGCAAAGUGGGAUCGACCAGUCAGCCUACUCUGGAUACAUUCCAGGAUCUGCUGCACAAACACCCAGAAGUUUUCUACCCUUCCCGCACUGCUAAAGUCUUGCAGACACAUUGGCAGCUCAUGAAGCAGUACUACCUCCUGGAUGAUCAAACAGUGCAGCCACUGCCCAAAGGAGACCAGGUGCUCAACUUCUCAGAUGCUGAAGACAUGAUAGAUGACAGCAAGCUGAAGGAUGUACGAGAUGAGGUGUUGGAACAUGAACUGACGGUGGCAGACCGGAGGCAGAAGCGCGAAAUUCGGCAGCUCGAGCAAGAGCUGCACAAAUGGCAAGUGCUGGUGGAUAGUAUCACAGGAAUGAGCUCCCCUGAUUUUGAUAACCAGACCUUGGCUGUGCUGCGUGGGCGGAUGGUGCGCUACCUCAUGCGUUCCCGGGAGAUCACGCUUGGCAGAGCCACAAAAGACAAUCAGAUUGAUGUGGAUCUGGCACUGGAGGGUCCUGCUUGGAAAAUUUCUCGCAAACAAGGUGUCAUCAAGCUGAAGAACAACGGUGACUUUUUCUUGGCAAACGAAGGCCGACGGCCCAUUUAUGUUGAUGGGCGGCCAGUGCUUUGUGGCAGCAAGUGGAAACUCAGCAAUAACUCCGUGGUUGAGAUUGCCAGCUUGCGCUUUGUUUUCCUCAUCAACCAAGAUCUGAUUGCGCUGAUCAAGGCAGAAGCUGCCAAAAUUGCCCAGCCCUGAGGCUUGGAUGAAACCAAAGGACCCCAUCCCUCUUCCAGCAGGGACUGCUGUUUUCUUUGCUGCUAAUGCAGCUUCCUCCAGUUUGCCUCCUUUGAGGCUAGGACCCAAAGCUCUCCUGGCCUUUUCUUUUAGCAUCGAGGAACUCUGCUUUCUCUAGCAGCAGCCCCUGUGUGCGUGUGUGUGUGCGUGCGCGCACAGACACACUCACCCACUGGUGAGAGCAAGAGAAGGAGAGAGACUCAGGCUUAACUUUGGCCAACUGAAGCCCUUUGCUGAAUUUCCUGGGUUGUAUGGGAAAUGGCUUGCUGCUGCUGCUGCUGAUUCUUGUGCUUCACUCUCUUUGAGACAGAGUGACAAAAUUUUUGAGGUGGGGAUGUGGGGAGAGCCCACGUCAAGCUAAUAUAAUAGUUAUCAGUCCUCUCGUCUGCAUUGUGUUAGUGCCAUUUCUAGAUGUCCGUUUUUCAGGUAUUGUCCAAUAGAAUCUCAGUUCCCUGUGUAUGAAAGAAAAUGAGUUUUUAAUUCCAAGUAAGGAUGAUUACAAAAAUAGAGGUCCAUCUGUUUCUGUCUGUUUAUGUUGUACAAGAAUAUUCCUAUUUUUCAGGGCUGUUGAUAGACUAAUGUUCCACUUCAUCUACUGGUACCUGCCUCCCAAGUCCGGGUACAUCCUUGCCUGCAACUACCUGAAUGGUGGAAUGAGCUUACAGGCGUGUUGUCAGUCACCAUUUGGUUGUUUGGGCUUUUAAAAGUAAUGGCAAAAAUGGAGGUAAACCUGAUUAUUUAAGAUGCAGCCUUUGCAUUGCCACCUUUUAAACACAUAACUUUUGUCUCCAUUAAAGUUUCUGAUGCAACAGUG